AUGUAAACGACAAUCUUCACGAUAAAACUAGCCAAGACUUUUAUCUAAGGGACAAUUAUUUUUAUUCCACGUUUUUACCGAAACGACCCAAGUGUCAUCCCCCAAAAGCAUCAUCCGACGACUAUGGUUGUGCUGAGUCGCGUUGGGUCGCCGACGAUGUCCGCGACUGUCGCCGGAAAUCAGCAGCAACAGCAUCCUCAUCAAGAGUGGGAUAUAAACGAUUCAAACGUUCCGAGGGUCGUAGAGUACGAUCCUUGGUGCGAGUGGGCUGACGGUCACGUUCGUCGGGUGUAUGGUCCAGACUGCGAAGAGGCCAGAAGACAUGCUUCGGGUUGGGCGAUGAGAAACACGAACAAUCACAACGUCAGUAUCCUCAAAAAGUCCUGUUUAGGAGUUCUUGUCUGCUCCUUGGGUUGUGCGCUACCAGGCGGAGGCAGGGUCCAUUUAAGACCGGCAAUUUGCGACAAGGCCAGGAAAAAACAACAAGGUAAACCGUGUCCGAAUCGUCAGUGCGCCGGGCGUCUUGAAAUCCUCUCGUGCAGGGGUCACUGCGGUUAUCCAGUUACGCAUUUUUGGAGGCACACGGAGCAUGCGAUUUUCUUCCAGGCAAAGGGUCAACAUGACCAUCCUAGGCCCGAAGCUAAGUCGACUUCUGAAGCUAGGCGAAGCGUCGGGGCUGGAAGACGAGUCAGAGGACUCGCCGUUCUAUUGGCCAGAGAAGCAGCACUUGGCACGAAGUUGAUGUCGCUCAGAGGUACAAAACGUGCCAAUACCGAAACGUUGGAACCUCCAACUCGCAUGGCACAACCCCCUCCCUUGGUAUCCGACAAAGGAUAUUCCUGUUCCUGUCCACCUUUCGAAUGUAUUUGCGGUCUCCAGACCGGUAGCAGUGUCUCGCCGUACCAUCAAGCGUCGCAACAUCAGCACCAUACGAUUUUGUAUCCUCCGCAGCAACAUCAGCAGAAUUCGUCGGGGGCUGAAACUCCCUACUGGCUUCAGGACACGAUACAAACGACUCAAGAAACUAAUCCAAGCGGUUUACAAAAUUAUUGUCAGAAUCCACCGGGACAUGGCAUCGACCAAGUUACGCAAGAUGCCGCGUAUCCUGACUUUCCGUCUUUCCCGGGGGAUCUGUUCCAGCCCGAAGAAAUAUUUCAACUGGACCAACCCCUGCGCCCUGAAUUCCCCGUUGUAAAUUCCCAUCAAGAUGUAACAAGAUCGCCACCAACUCUUUUGGAUUUGGGGAGCGGUACUAUAAAAUAUGAAUCCGCCAAAACUGAUCAGGAUCAAUCUUACUGGAGUCAACUUCUUAGCGAAGAUUCUAGCAGCAGCCAUUUGAGCAUUCCGCAAACCCAGGACGAGCGUUUACACUAUCCAGGAUUUGAAACAAGAAGAGGACAGGACUGUUACGUUACCGGAAAGAAUCUACAGGGGCAUAAUCAAUGCUUGCAGGAUAUUGUGGGAUACCAAACUCAGUCGAGAGUCGACCAAAUAUCUAAGGGUGAAAGCGAGUCGAAAUCUGGUCAAAAAAAUGGACAGGAACCUUACUGGAUUCAAUCACAGGACGAGAGGUUGAAUUUUCCAGAUUAUGAACAACAGAAAAACACCUGCAACUAUCCGUGCGUGAGAAGGUCAAGCGGCUGUUUUACGAUUGAUAAAAAUGAACAAUUUACCCAGGUCUAUCAGAGGAACAGAACCCCCCUUAAAGACCUCGGGCAACCCUUACAUGGAGAUCCGGGUCACACUGGACAAAGUCCGGUAUCAGAGGCGAAUCAAGGGUUCAAUGGCUUUGAAAAUUACCAUCAAGUCAUUGAGCCCCAUGCUUUGAGAGGUAGCGAAGAGCCUUGCUAUUACCCUGGAAAUGAACGGUGUCAUUACACCUGCGAAGUUCUAGAUACUAGACUUCCACAAAUAUCAUCGAGUACAAUGAUGGGAUUGAAUGGUGGAAGCGACCAAACAGUUGUUGGAUUCGGAGAUGUUCCAGAUUUGGAUAUGGCGCCUUUUAUCGAUUACACAUUUGUUGGUAUGUUAUGCAGUCCUGGGGCUAAUGGGGAUGCUCAUUCGAAUGGACCUCUGACCGGUGGCUGCAACGCCCUGCAGCCUACGCAGGCCUUUGUAGGCCAUCAUUAGCUUAUUGUGGGUAUUAUUUGAUUAGAAAAAAUCAUCGUGGUACUGUAAUUGUAACAUAAAUAAAUAUUAUCGAAUAUU